UAUUCGAGCAUGUGACGUCAUCGCUGUGCGCCGCGGGAGGAGCGCGCGGAACGGCGCCGCCAUGAGCAGUGACCUGGACGUGUUCGUGGGGAACACGACGCUGAUCGACGAGGAGGUGUACCGGCUGUGGCUGGACGGACACUCAGUGGCCGAGGCCGUGGCCCGUCGCCUGCGGGGCGGGGUCCUGGAGCGCGAGGGGACGUCGGUGGCCGUGCUGCAGAGUGACACCCGCGACCACUACAGAACGUUCCAGAUGCUGGAGCGGCUCCUGCACGCCCCCCCCCGGCUGCUGCAGCAGCUGCUGUUCCAGAUCCCCCCCGAGAGACAGGCCCUGCUCGUGCAGCGGUACUAUGCCUUUGACGAGGCGCUGGCCCGGGAGCUGCUGGGCAAGAAACUCUCCAAGGGCACCAAGAAGGAGCUGGACGAGGUCAGCGCCCGCACCGGGGUGGGGAUCCGCAGCUGCCGCCGCCAGUUUGACAACUUCAAGAGGGUUUUCAAGGCGGUGGAGGAGCUGCGGGGGCCCCUGGCCGAGAACAUCCAGCAGCUCUUCCUGCUGCCCCCCGCCCUGGCACGGGACUACGCCGCCAUCGUGUUCUUCGCCAACAGCCGCUUCGAGACGGGCAAGAGGCGCCUGCAGUUCCUGAGCUUCGGGGACUUCGCAGCCUGCGCGCAGAGCAUGAUGGCCCACUGGAGCCAGGGGGCUCUGGCCCCCGAGGCGGCCGAUCCCGACGGGGACCUGCCCAAGUCGUUCCUGCAGGACCUGAAGGAGCUGAAGGUGCUGGUGAGCGACAAGGACCUGCUGGACCAGCACAAGAGCCUGGUGUGCUCGGCCCUGCGGGGGAAGAUCUCGGUCUACAACGAGCUCGAGGCCAAUUUCAAGGCUCUGUCGCGGGCCCUGGUGAACGUGGGGGGGAAGCUGACCCACGCCCGCGACGUGCGGGACUUCUUCGUGGACCUGGUGGAGAAGGUGAUCGAGCCGUGCCGCUCCGACAAGUGGAGCCCGGGGGACCUGAGGCUCUUCCUGACGCACUACACGGCAGCACCCCGAAACCUGCCGGGCUUCAGGCACCAGGCGCUGUGGGAGCGCUACAUGGCCGCCAUCAGCGCCUGCCUGCUGCGCAUGUACCACGACUGACCCCAAACUGCACCCAGAAACUGCACCCCGAAACUGCACCCCGGAAAUGGACACUGCCCUGGAACUGUGCCCCAAAAACGGCACCCCAAAAUGGGACGUGGCCCCCAAACCGCACCCCAAAAACAACACCAAAAAUGGA